GUUUGCAAUGUUCUCUCUCCUUUUUCUAUUGUUUAAGUUAUAUUAUGCAGUAGGAGCUUUUUAGAAUAUACAAAGAAUGGAUUCCCUUUUAGAAACUGCUGGUAAUUUGGAUCAAUUGUUGGAUGACUUUGAAGAAAAUGAAGAAGAGGAGCCAAUCAUGACUAGUCAUUCUUUCAAAACUGAGAAUGGGAAAACAUUGGAUACUACAGUUGAGAAUGGAUCAAUUGUAACUUUGGUGGACAACCAUUUACCUCAAAAGACAUUGGAACUUAGUGAUGUUUCAAAUAUAAAAAACUAUGUUUCGGAAUCACAAAGUUCUGAUAUUCAAAACUCAAAUGAUGAUUCAGAAUUGAAAAAUGGAAUACCAGAGCAUGUAGUAACAAAAAUAGAACAAGAUAGUGUAUCAUCUACCGAAAUGCCUGAAGGUGAAAAUAUGAAUCAAUCACAACCUGAUAAUAAACAAGAACAGAAUGAAAAAUUAAACAUAGACAUUUCAAAUGUGAAAGAUUUACCUCCUGAAAAUGUGCCUAUUAUUGAUCCUAAAUCAAUACAUGUCUCAGUGCCUCUUCCCAUCUCUGAGCAAGGUCAAACAAGCGAGGAAUUUGUUGUUGUUAAUAAUGAAGAUAAAUCAGAGAUGAUUGAUUCUGAUCAAGGAAUCAAUCAAACAAAUUCUGAAAUUUUGAUGGAAUUAUUUGGUGCGGCACCAGAUAUCAAAACGCCAAAAAAUCCUGAAAAUCCAGAUAUUGGUACAAAUGGGAUGUUGUCACCUUUAAAUCCAUUUAAUAUUGAUUUGCUACCGCCCAAUGGGGGAUUGAAUAAUGAUACUAAAGCGCAAAUGCAGCCAUCUGGGAUUUUUAGUUGGGAGAAUAUGGAUAAACUGGGACAAAAUGAAAAUACUUUAUCUCCAGUAAGUAAUGGGUUACCCAUUUCUCCUCCCGGAUACCAAGGUCCAAAUCCAUUUUUAUUGGACAUGGAUAACAAAACACCAACUGGAAAUUCAUUACAACCUGAACUUUCAGCAUUUACUUAUGAUAUGGAAAACAAUAUUGAUGCUCCCAAACAAAUCGAUAAUAUUGAACCAGCGCAAAUUGCCAACCAAGCAGCUGAAACAAAUCCGAAGGUUUUGAUUGAGAAAACAAAUCCUUUGCCAAGUCAGGUUGACACAAUGAUAACAGGUGCCUCUGAAAUUAAACCUCUUCCAAUGGACCAUGAAAAUUAUGUUGUCGUCCCUGCUAUUAAAAAUCGUGAUGUUGCUCCUGUACAAACCUCUUUUGAAAAGCAAGAAAAAUUGUCUGUUGGAUUUAUGAAAGAGGUUGCAGUUACAGAGGAAGAAUUUGAAAAGUUUCUUGCAGAAAUGGAAGAAGAGGAUAGCAGAACAUCAAUCAACCCAAAUAGGGAUACUCCAGGUCAUUUGGACACUAAAACCAGUGGGGCAAAUGUGUCAUUUUCUAUUAUUGGUACAGCAGAAAACUUGUCAGAUAUGACGACUGCAGUGUCUGUUGUAAACAGUGAUCCCACUACCAAUAAUAGUAUAAAUGUACCUGGAAAUACAUUAAAUUUUGGAUUUUCUAUUGGAGAAAAUAUUGUGGGAACCCAGUUUGGUAUCGAUGCUCCACCUGUAAAUGCAAUUCCUGUAGCGAUACCUGUUGGUGGAAACAAUGCAACAAACAAUGGUGAAAUGAUUCAACAAGGAUCUCCAACGUUUCCUCUCCGAAGAAAAACAGCUCAAGUGCAAGGGCUCGAACCAUCCAGAAUGGAGAUUUCUGAAUCUGAACAUCACUCUCAAAAUGAAAGACUUCAUUUAAAUAUCGAGUCAAUAGAACAAGCCCCAAAAAAUGGAUCUAAAUAUCCCAACACACCGCCCCCUCCAUACACUCAAGAAAUGCUUGCAAAUUAUGAGCAAGCUAUGUCACCCGAGCAUUUGAGACCUCCAACAGGCCAUCAGAUUAAUCAGGAAGAGCAAACCUCUAUGCUUCAAGAAUCCGAGCCACAAGAUCACAGUCAAGCUGAAGAAGCAGAAAAUGACUUUUCACUUUUGCCAAGUGCAAUACUGGAAUCUAUAACUCGACCUGGUGACACAAAACCAAAGUGGGUUCCAGAUCAUGAUGCUCCACAGUGCAGUAAUUGUGCUGCAAAGUUCACUUUUACAAAGAGAAGGCAUCAUUGUCGAGCUUGUGGAAGGGUAUAUUGUGCAACAUGCUGUAAUGAAAGAAGCCAGUUAAAAUACCUGGAUUACAAAGAAGCAAGAGUUUGUUCUAUGUGUUGUUUGGCAAUAAAACAAGCUGAUGCAUUGGCUGAAAUGUCUCGCAAAGCAGCAGCAGCCCAAGCCGCUUCUACAGCUACUCACAUUCAAUCAUUAGAAGCCUCUACUACAGAUAUGGCACCGGCAGAAGAGGCUGUAGAUGCAGCCAGAACCCCAUCUGAUCCUCUUCCAGAAGUUCCAACAAAUCUUCCGAUUGAAACUAGCCAGGAGGCAGAAGAAGUUACUAUGGCUGAUCAGACAUUACAAGAUAGACCUACAUCAAUUAUCAAUGUUCCUUCAAGUACUGCUGGAGAAGAGAUGGAAGUAGAAGGUUCUUUAUCAAAUACUCCAAAUACCAAAAGUGUUAGAUUUUCUGAUGGUACAAGACCGAAACAUCCAGAUGAAAUGCCAACGACUCCUCCACCUCCUUCAAGAAUGAACAGAGUGCGAAAAAAGCAUGGACACCACACAAAUGAUCCUAAUGCAGUUGUUGGACACAAUCUUCCACCCAUUAUCAUUGCUCAUGGAGAAAAUGGUGCCUUUGCUGUGCAAGAAAAUCCAGACAUGAAUGUUGUAACAGAUUUAUUGGAAUCGGGAGGAACAACUCCACAAUCAUUUGCUUUUCCUAAUUUAAUAAUCAACCUUCAGUUUAUAUCAUAUGCAAAUCGUCAGUGUUGGUGCUUCUGGUCUAAAGGCAUGGAUGGAGUAGGACAGAGAGAAGUUGCUUUAAUAUUGGAAAGAGAAGGACUUGGUGAUAGAAGAAUUCCACAUGACGCAUUCACUUUUUUCACUUGCAUUUUUGAUCGAGCUAGAAAAGGAAAGAUGUUCAAUACAACAGAUUUUAUGCCUGUUACUAUGCUUGGGUUCGAUGACAAUGAUGAAUUAUUCGGAAAGAAGGAAAAUGCUGGCUUCAUGUUCGUACAAGCUUCUUCACAACCACUCGAUGGCCUCGGCUGCUUGAAAAGAAAGUUAAAACAUGUUUCUGGUGAAUUGAAUAAUACUGAAGAUGACUUAGCCAUAAGAUCUAUGUUAUUCGCAAUACUUGUACAAAAGACAGAAGCGCCGUGGGCUACUUUAUUUCCAAUGAGGUUGAUGCUACGACUUGGGAUGGAAACGAAACAAUAUCCAUGUCCCCUUUUCUCUGUGAGGCAACGUCAACCGGUAUAUCACGAACUAGGUCACACUAUUCUAGGAAUUUUAUGUGAUUUCAGAAAUUUUAAAUAUCGUGUCGUCAGUGUGCCAGGUCUGAGGGUUGUUGCAACAGCAAUUGGGAACGUCAGUGUUCAAAUACCAUGCAACAGAUUCACCGACACAGUUAAAAUAAUGAACAGUUCUAAUGAAUCUGUCCUUGCCAUCGGAACUGGAACUUUUGGUCCGAAAAUUCGAACACAGGAUGAGAUGGGAGCACCAUGUGAUGGGCCAUGUGAAUCUCAUCUUGUAUGUGUGCAGGAUCAAAAUACUUCAAGUUAUCACACAGAGAUAUUGAAUAUGAAGGACAUCAAAGCCUCAAAUACAGGAGCUGCUUUUGUUAUUUUCAAUGGUUCGUUAAAAUCUGACGGAAGUAACAAAGCAAAAUGUGCAAUAGUAGAAGAUGGAAUUAUGAUCCAACUUCUGCCAGAAAAAAUGGAGGAACUAAGAGCUUCAUUAAGAUCAAUGGAAGAUUUCAGAUUGCAAAUGGGACCUGAUGCUCAUUCGUCUUCAGUUACAGAGCUUACAAAUCUGUCUGAACUAACAUCACAGGAUUCGCCAAUGAUUGAAGUGAAAUGGGUUGAAGAUGAUACAGCCUUCAAUAUUGGAAUGUUUAGUCCCAUUGAUGGAACUCCGUUUGAAGGUGUUGUUGGAUUCAAUGUUCAAGGCAGGAGUGAACAGAAAGGAAGAAAACACACACUCAGAUGGAAUCAGGUUUUUUUUCUUGCAAGUACGAGUGAUCCACUUGACAUGAGUAGAUUAGCAGAGCAAGUAGCAAAUGGAUGUUUCCUAGCUUUAACUCCAGUAUUGCAUGAACUAGCAAGACACAGGCAAAAUAAACUUGCUGUCAGGGUUACGAUCCACCCUGAAAAUGUCGGAUAUGUCGCUGGAAGUGGAUUGAAAGAUCUGCCAACACCAUGCAUGAAUGCUCUUGAUGAACAUUUAAUACAAACAAUACAUAGUGCUGCAAACAGUGUUCCUGUAGAACAGGAGGCUGUCAUCAUUGAACUUCUUUUCUCUAUUUUAUUAUCAAGACCUGGAUAUCGCACUGCUUAACACAACACACAAUUGAAAGCGAUCGCCAUAACAUGUUGCCACCACAGUCUUGAAUAAGGGAUCAGUCCAAUACUUUAUAUGUACCACCAUCGAUUUUUAAGACUUCAAGCUGAUACUGCUCAUUCAAAAAUAUUGAUCAAGCUUUCCAACAGGUACAGCAUAUUGUAAAUGAAGAUAUCCAUGCCUGAUAACAGUCUCUGAUUCCAUUAAUAGCUUUUAGAAAAUGUUAUUUGAACACAGAUAUAUGCUCUGAAACCAUGGCCAUUUUUAGAAGUUACAAGUCGCGUUAUUCUCAACGACCAUCUAUGAAUAAAUAAUUUCUAAAAGAUUGAUCUGGUGACCGCUAAAUAUUUUUAGCCAAUUCUUAUUCACACCAUAUUUGUUAGAAUAUUGAACUCUGAUUGUUUUGAGGCUACAAUAUGGAAACCAGUAUCUUACCGUCUCAAUUACAUACAACAGACUUUCAGUAAAAUCAUUGAUAAAUCACUUAAAACUAUGGGAGCCACCUAUUCUCUCCAGUGCAAAUUUUCUCAAGUCAUUACCAGUGCGAGUUGUUCCAUUUACUCCAUGACUGUUUAUUACCCAUCGCAAUUAUUGUAAUAAUGGCUCAAAGCAUCUACACUUCAAACUCAAGUCGUGGCGUGAUAUGUAAAUUUUGUUAUCUUCUUCAAUGCAAGUUAAAGUAUUAUAUUUUGUAAAUAAGAUUACAUUGCCUAUAUUAUACAUCAAUAUAUUUUCUUCUUGUUUCAAAAAGGUCGCUCUUUUUUGUUGUUUUUUGUUAUGUUGUUACAGAAAGAAAUCAGUAUUUCUAUUGUAAGAUUCCUUUUUGCUGAGAACUACUUUAACAUAAUUAAAAUGUUUGAUGUGAAUUCCCGGACUUGGAAUUCAGACAAGUCAGCCUUAAGUUUUCUUAACAGUCCUAAAACUAACAUUCUAUUAAAAGUUCACAAACGCCUAUGUUUUCGAAAGUUGAUUUCAAAUCUAAAACCCGGAGUCACAGUCCAAUUCAUCAUGAUCUGGAGUCUGAACUAAAAAUUGAGUAGAUUUUCCUUGGCUACACAUCCCAGAUGUAGGAUCAUUUGUGAUUUACUUCAUUAUUACAGUAUGCAGUUUGUUUAUAGCCAUUCAAUAAUUUUAGUCAACAAACUCAGGUGGGUGUGACAAAAACAUAAUUGGAGAGAAUAUAUCUUUGUUCUGUGGAAUUAUGUAUUUUUUCAUGCUUAUGUCACAGCUUGAAACUUAUUCUACUAUUACAAAGCAUCUUAACUUUCAUAUUCUGAUGAAAUAAAUCUGAUAAUUUAA